ACUGUACAAAAUGGCGGCGCAUCGUCGACGGCGUUUUUGACUGAAUAAAAAUUGAAAAUUUUAUAAAAUUACUCCGCUGAUCGGUUUAGUUAAUAAGUAAACGUUUUGUGUAAUAAACGCGAAAGAUGGAGACGAUAAACAACGGCAUGUGCCGGUGCUGUGCUUCCGAGGGCACGUUCAAAGAUGUCGCGACGAGGUACCAAUGGAUGGGAGAGGAGGAGGUCUACGGGGAAAUGUUACGAGAAUGCUUUGAUAUUACUCUGGCAGCGUCAGACGACGGCCAGGAGGCGGGCAUAUGCGAAGUGUGCAUCACACAACUGCGUAACGCCGCCAACUUUAAGAAGCAGGUGCAGAGGACAGAGGAGCAGUUUAAGAGGCGGCUGGAUGAUCUGCCGUUUAAAUCAAACAUAGUGAAGGUGGAAGCAAGUCCGUUGGAAGAAGCAGUCGGAGUGUCCGAUGACGAUGACAAGUACUCCGACGAAAUGAGUUUAAGUGAAUACCAAGAAAUUGCAAUCAAGACUGAGUCGUCAGACGAUACUAAGGCCAAAAAGCGGUCGGCCAAGGCGACGACAUCCCGGGCCAAACAGCCGAAGCUCGAAGCCGAGACGUCUUCGAAACGUAAAUGCGGCGCAAAAAAACGAAAACAGAAAAUAAAGGCUGAGGAGGUACACAUAGAGGUAGAUAACUUACCGUUCCGCGAGAAACAUCUCCCGGAGAUGAAAAAGCAGUGGCACAAUCUGACUACCCUGCUGAAGUACUCCAAUGCGACGCCGUUCAAGGACCGCAAUGACGCGGGAUAUGUCUGCGCUUACUGCUUCAAGACUUACCCCGACCCUAACGUGCUAAGAGCUCACACACAAAACGAUCACGUCAGAGAAAAACCCACCUACAAAGCCGGCUCUGGUAUGGCUAGCUUCGUAGCGUUCCUAGACAUUGUCGACCUCAAAUGCUCUCUGUGUGACCAAAACUUUGACAGCCUAAGCCCGCUCACCGAACAUCUAGUCAAAGAACACGACAAAAAAUACUAUCACGGCAUAACUGACUACUUCCAGCCCUUCAAACUGACCAACGAACAGCAAAUCAACUGCGUUCUAUGUGACGAAGUGUUCCACAACAUGAAACUGUUGAUGCAACACAUGAACGUACAUUACCGGAACUUUAUAUGUACCACGUGUGGUGCAGGAUUUGUGAAUAGUUUCCGCUUGAACCGGCAUGAGACGACUCAUGCCAAGAAGAAAUCUACCUUCCCUUGUCGCCAUUGUGGUCAGACAUUCGCUGCGGAGUCCAAAAGAAAGACUCACGUCAAUACAGAACACAAAGGAAUCGCUGGAGAUAGUGUAUGUCAGAUCUGUAAAGCUAGAUUCAAGAAUUAUUACCAGAAGACUCGGCAUAUGAUGCAAGUGCACAACGCUGAAGGCAUCAAAUGUGAUAUGUGCGAAAAGAAGUUCAAUUUGAAGUCGAAUUUGAUGCUUCACAUGCGGGGGGUACAUUUAAAAGAGCGGCCGUACGAAUGCUCCGUUUGCAGCAUGGGAUUCUUUAUCAAACGCCACAUGUUAGGGCAUUACAUGGCGACCCAUACAAACGAGAGGAAGUUCAAAUGUGAUAUAUGCGGGAAGGCAUACGCUACACAGAACAGUAAGGGGAAACACAUGAAGAAAAAUCACGGAAUAACUAAAACGUCUAUGAUGAAUCCAAAUCAGAAUCUGCAGCAGAAUAUGCCUAACAUGCCUAAGUGAAUUUUGUUAGUUUAAAGUAAGGGAUUUUGUACAUUUCCACGGAGUUACAUAUUUACCCGACUGAAUAACUACUUAGUUAAAAAUAUUCCUAUAAAAACGUUCAGUUUAUCUGAAUUUAAAAUGUAUUAGGGAAACUUUUAGCAUAAUAUAAAUCUUUUAACGAAUAUUUGAAUAACAAAUGCUGUACUUAUCGGCUUAACAAGUAUUGAAGUUAUGGACGACAUAUCCUUUUAUUUUUGGCUGUAAAGAUUUUAUUUAUUUUAUUCAAUUUGUGCAAAAAACCUAGCUGGCCUAAUGACAAUGCUUUCCUGAAAUACGGUAUUUUAUAAAUGGUUUUAAAUUCGUAAUAAUUUAUUGCCUUCCACGAAAUUCAUUCAAGACACUUUUCAAAGUUGAAUGAAUUUAGACAUUCCGAAACUGAAUAAAUCCUUGUGGUUACUGUUAUAUUUCCACGUUUGAAACUUAGUUUAAUGUUAAAUAAUAGGUAAUAGUAGUAAUCUAGUCUGAACAAUAAAGUCAUAUAGGCGUGUCUGUAUGAUUAACAACCAACAUCGAGUGAUCUUUAGUUUAUGUCUAGCUGAGACACGCCCAUCGCAUAAUAAACAAAAUAUUUAACAAAUGUUUUUCCUUAAGAUAUUAUUAUUUAGGUUAUUGUAAACUGUGUGUAUUUUGAAGAAAGGAUUGCAAUAUUUAUUGCUAUUAUACAAAAUUUGUAUCGUGAUUUGCCUAAUCAAGUAUUACUAUAAUAAUAUC